AUGAGCCAAGAGCAACCAAAUUCGAAAAGUGAGUUGACAAACUCAACAGAAAGCACUAAUGUUGGGUCGUAUUCUUGUACAACUGCUGACAUCUCUUCCGGAAAUAAAUCUGGUGCCAAGAAAUUAAUAAUUGAAUAUGAUGUGGACGAAACAUUGGAAAUCAAGGAAGAAAUCAUCGAAGAUCAAGGAACUCUUACAAGCCUCAAACGUGAUAAAAAAUUUGAGUCAAAACUAUUUACCGUAUAUAUAAACGAAGACAAUACGCCGACUGUGAACGAAAACCUGUGGAGUCAAAAAAAGCCGAAAUUUGAUGAUUCAAAGCCGGAAAAGAAGUACACAUGCGAAAAAUGUGCUCGAACCUAUAAACAGGAGCACACUUUAAAAAGUCAUCAAAAAUUCGAUUGCGACGUCUUGCCACAGUUUAAUUGUAAAUUCUGCGGCAAACUAUUUAAACGGAAAAAUCACAUGACUACGCACGUGAGGCUGCUACAUCUUAAAUUAAACUCACAGACAUCUAAAACGAAGUAUCAUUGUAACAUUUGUACUCGCAGUUACAGCUCUUCGUGUGCUUUGAGUCGACAUAUACGUUUGAAACAUGCACCAGUCAAGCCAAAAUUUAUUUGCGAUUAUUGUAAUCACAAAACUAAUCUGAAAUGUAGCCUGUCAAAACACAUUAAUUCACUCCAUCUCAAGUAAUUAAGUAGGCGAAUUUUCAAUCCUUAGGACAUUUUUUGAUUCCAGUUGACAUCUCUAGGCAUCAGAAAACAAAUUCAUUUACGAUUUUCUUUUCUAUUUUCUAGCAACGAUUGCUAUUCAUUUUCACAACUGUAUGCGAGAAAUAAAAUAAUAUUU